AUGCCAGUUCCGUUUCUCGGGCGACUCGAUGUCACCGAGUAUGUUGCGCUUAUCGGGUCCUUCUUUCUCGUGGGAUUCGAGGCCCUCAUUCGUGUUCUGACGCUCGCCCUACCUAAUACCCUGAUUACCCUUUUCUACCGGUUAUCGAGACGACUGUUCAACAGAUGGACAACACCAGCACAGAAGCGGGCGGAGGAGAGGAGGCAGCCCGUCUCUGAAGCUGUCCGAAACGCCUCCGAUUUUGUCGAUCUCUGCGCCCUAUUCGGAUACACCGCAGAAGAGCAUGUUGUGCAGACUAAGGAUGGAUAUCUGCUCGGUUUGCACCGGUUGGCUUACAAGAAGGGCGAGGAGGAUACAAAGGUCAACCGAGGACCGAAUAGCAUCAAGAAGCGCGUUGUCUACCUACAUCACGGUCUGCUGAUGAACAGCGAGGUUUGGGUCUGUCUGACAGACGAGCAAAGGUGCUUGCCCUUUGUGCUUGUUGAGCGCGGCUUUGAUGUCUGGUUCGGAAACAACCGCGGCAACAAGUACUCCAAGAAGUCCGUCCAUUGUUCGCCCAUGUCGCAAAGAUUCUGGAACUUCUCGAUCGACGAGUUCGCCUUUCACGAUAUUCCUGACAGCAUCAGCUACAUUUUGGAGACCACGGGGCAGCCGUCCUUGUCAUACAUUGGUUUCUCUCAGGGCACAGCCCAAGCUUUUGCUAGUCUGUCCAUCCACCCGAAGCUCAACGAUCAGGUCAACGUCUUUAUCGCUCUUGCUCCAGCCAUGUCCCCGGCCGGCCUAUCCAACGGCAUUGUCGACGCCCUCGUCAAGGCAUCGCCGCAGGUGUUAUUCUUGCUUUUCGGAAGACGCUCUAUUCUGAGUUCGGCAACUAUGUGGCAAUCGAUCCUCUACCCACCCAUCUUUGCGAAGCUCAUCGACAUGGGACUCAGCUUUCUCUUCAACUGGAAGACCCAGAACAUCAGCACCUCGCAGAAGCUUGCCGCAUACCCGCAUCUUUACUCCUUCACAAGUACCAAGUCGGUCGUCCACUGGUUCCAGAUUAUCCGCACCAAGUCCUUCCAGAUGUUCGAUGACGAUGUGCAGCCCCCGCUCAUGCUAUCCACCAGCAGCAAGUACACCAAGGUCGCCAAGUAUCCCACCCGCAACAUCAAGACUCCUAUUGUUCUCGUCUACGGCGGCAUUGAUUCGCUCGUAGACAUCAAAGUCAUGCUUCGCGAACUGCCAACCCAGACGGUGGCCACCGAGAUUCCCCAUUACGAACACCUUGAUUUUCUCUGGGCCCGUGACGUUGACGCCCAAGUCUUCCAGCACGUCUUUGAUGCACUCGAAAGUUUCACCGGAGCCGAACACACAAAGGAAGAAUACGAACGCUACCGCAGCGCCCGACAUGUCAGCCUGAGCGCCAGUAACUCCUUGAGACGCUUCAAGCCCAACAAGAAUGGUGAUAGCACGGCUGUCGACAGUGACGUUAGCACUGCCGUGGCUGGGAGUGUCCAUGAUGGCGAGGAGCAAGUUAUUGAUGCCGACGAGCGCCAGGAACGGCUGGAUCAGGUUAAAGCACCGCAUCAAGCGCGUGAGAGCCCCCUUACGACUUCUGUUGGCAGCCUCAGCAGCACUCCUGGUUCCAAGCGCGGAGGCAAUAUUCUUAGGAGACCGAACUCGAGGCCGACGAGCCCCAUGUAUCCCGGGUCCUUGGAUACGCGCUUUGAGAACGGCUCGAGAGCCGAGUCGCCGUCGGACAGAAGUCCCGACUCCGAAUAUGUAGGUGCAUUACCUUCAGUUACGCCGCCCAAGAGGACUGGAACGGGCGCGAGCCAGAUGAGUCUGAACUCGCUCAGGGCUGGGAAGGGGAUCAGUCUUGGUGCUAGUGAGUCUCCUUGA